GUGACGGGUUCGAUGAUCUUCACGGUUGGAGUCGGCGCACUCGAACAAAUGCUGGCGUGGGACACCAACGCCAAACACCGUCGCGCCGAGAACGAUCGGAAGCCGUAUUUUCUGCCACAGAGUCCAAAAAAACGCAGAUGAACCCGGAACAAAAUUGAAUAAACUAAACUCCCACAUCGCCCCAGCUCGUUGGGCGCCUGCCAUCCUCUCGAGGAUCCCGUCUUCGAUGCGGGACGUGCCGCCGCACACGCGCUUCUCAUCGAUUUCACAUUCUUUCGCCCCCCGAUAACACAUCGACCUGCCUCGGUGCAACCACCUAGGUACCCAAAUCAACGAUAGCUUAUUGCAGCACGGAUAAUACGGGAGCGCGCAAAGAUGGUGGGCAAAGUCAGCGACCGCGUCCUCCUCCGGGAAGGACUCGAGCGCACCGACAAUGGCAUGAAGCAGACCAGCUGGCCCGACGUGCCCCCCAUCAACCAGAAGAACUACUACACGGACUACAUGAAGCGCGAUGACCAGAUCCUUUCGUUCCGACUCCAGAGCGAGGCGAAUAGGGAAAGGCUAGUGCAGAAUGCGAAGGACCGCGAUCGCGCCAUGAACACCACCAAUGGCGAGGUUCCGCUUCCGCUCGACGACCUCCAAGGGGAGGAUGGGCCUGCGCCCUCGGCGACCUUCAUGGAUCCCUCCAAAAUUAUCGUCAUACACCCGGGGAGUCAGAACCUACGCAUAGGAUUUGCCAGCGACGCCCUUCCCAAGACAAUCCCCAUGACCUUGGCCACCAAGUAUUCGCAGACCGAGUCCGAGAUGCAUGAGGCGCUUCCACGGCGACAGUUCGAGGGCCGGACAGCGGACCAACAGCAUGGCGAGGAGUGGUCCAAGAAGUACCAGAAGAUGUGCAACGACUUGAAGGUCGACAUGCGCGCCAACAAGCGCAAGGUGCUGCCGAACUCGAAGGAGCUCGUCGUCAACUUCAACCGACGUACCGAGCCCGAGAUCAUCUCUCAACAUAACGACCCGUUACAGGUCGAGUGGACCGAUGUCAAGGCUCCGCAGGACUCUGCCGUCUUCAUAGGGCAACAGGCACUGCGUGUGCCGGACGACUCGAACCCAAAGUUCAAGCUCUGGUGGCCCAUUCAGCACGGCUGGCUGAACGAAGACGACUAUCCCACCCGCGCCCACCUGUUCAACGAUAUCGAGACGCUGCUCGACCGGGCCUUCCGGCUGGAGUUGGGGUUAAAGAAGAAAGCAGACUGGAAACAAUACAGCUGCGUCAUCAUUAUACCGGACCUGUACGAUAAACGGUAUGUCGAAUUGCUCUUGCACCUAUGCAUCGAGCUGUUCGAGUUCAGCCGUGUGUCGUUCAUCCAGGAGAGCAUGGCGGCCACAUUCGGCGCAGGUUAUACACAGGCCUGCGUGGUCGAUGUUGGCGCGCAAAAGACGUCCAUUUCGUGCGUGGAAGAUGGCCUGUGCAUUGAGGACUCGAGGAUCAACCUCAAGUACGGUGGCUUCGAUGUCACCGAGACCUUCAUCAAGAUGAUGUUGUAUGACAACUUCCCGUAUCAGGAGAUCAAUCUCCGGCGGCGGUACGACUUCUUGCUGGCGGAGGAGCUCAAGAUCAAGUACUGCACGCUUUCGCAGGCCAAUAUCUCGGUCCAGAACACCGACUUCCACCUGCGCGCGCCGAACCAGCCGACGCGCAAGUACCAGUUCAAGUACUACGACGAGGUCAUCCUGGCACCAAUGGGUUUCUACGACCCAUCAAUAUUCGACAACUCGGCCAAGCUCCGCGGCCGCCGGAAGCUGAUCGACCGCUCCUACAACGCCUACGACGUGGAGCUCCCGGACGACCCGGCCUCGGCGGCCCAGCUCGCCAUCCUGGCCCUCAUCCAACCCUCCGUCACCGUCACCACAACCACCGGCGCGCCGGGCGAUAUAGGGACCCCAAGCAAAGAACGCACGCAGCCCUUCAGUUUUCUAUCCCGCAACGGCGACGUCAGCGGCACGCCUGGCACCUCCAAAGCACCGUCUCCGGCCCCGGAAGGCGCCAGCACGCCCGUGCCCGCGCCCUACAUCUUCGGCUCCUCAUCGCGCGACCUCAACGGGGGCAGCCCGGCGCCGGGCGGCCGCAGCACGCCGGCACCGGCCAACGGCACCACGGUCCUGCCGGGCACCUCGUUCGACGGCGCGGCGCAGUCGCAGCCGCAGCAGCGCAGCGCCAAGUCGCUGGCGGCGGAGCGCGACGCGGUGCUGCCGGUGGCGCCGCUCGACGUGGCGAUCCUGACGUCGAUCCAGAACGCGGCCCGGGGCGACGACAAGAAGGUGCGCGAGCUGCUGGGCAGCAUCAUGGUGGUCGGCGGCGGCGCCAAGAUCCCGCACUUCGCCCCCUUCCUCGAGGAGCGGCUCAAGCUGCGCCGCCCGGACCUGGCCGACCGCAUCCUGGUCAGCCGCAGCGCCCGCGAGAUGGACGAGCAGGUCGUCGUCUGGAAGGGCGCCAGCGUCUUCGCCAAGCUGCCCACCAACGACUCGUGGAUCACCACGUUCGAGUACAAGAUGCUCGGCAGCAGGGUCAUAUACCAUCGGGUGCUGUGGCAGUACUGACACUAAUGCGCAACGGGAGCUGGGCGUGCUAUGGGCUCUACCUGGAGGAGGGUGGGUGGAUGGAUGGAUGGG